GUUGGGCCGUGACGUCACCCGCCCGUCUCCUUCCAACUUGUUAUACUCGUUCCUUUUCCCUUCCAUCCUCCCCUUUCCUCUGCUAGCAUUGCAUCGCAUCGCGUCGCAUCCUGCAUCUCGAAGAUUUGUUCUGCCAGCCGUUAGGAUACCCCAUAGACGAAAUACCCCCAACCGGCUCCCUCAGGUGAGCUUACGUGACAACCGCUAUAAGCUACCCUUAAAUUAAUCAUUCAAGUAGCCCACCAACGAAAGUCUAAUCAGGAACCACAAAGUCAGAUCCAAAGAAACAGAACCCAGCUCAUCCCGGAAUCACCGAAAAUGGUCGGCGCCAUCCACGAACGCAUUCGCGAAGACCUCAUCGGCAAGGAGCGUCGUCUCUGGACGGCGCUCACCUCCGCCGAUCCAGGGCCCGAAAUCAAGAAGAUGUGUAACGAAGAAGCCAACCUACUUUUCCCGCAGCGCGAGAUUCUGCACCUGCAUUCGAAGCCGUCAAUCAGCGAGGCGCUGAAGCCACCCUUCCAUCACUUCGACGAGUACGAACUGCAGGAAGUGCGCGUGAUCGUCAUCGACCUGAUGGCCGGAUCAGUAACAUACAAGAUCAAUGCGCGGCGCGGCGAGGAGACCUACCGGGGCACCGGGUCGACGACAUGGAGUCAGGCAAGUGAUGGAGAGUGGCGGAUUGUGGUGCAUCAGGAGACAUUAAUGUGAGAUCCUGAGAAUCAGAUGCAGGGGGGAGGGACAAUGAGAGGGGGAAGGGAGUGACAGUAGGGGAUGGAGAGAAUGAACGAAUCAUGAUUUGUUUUGAUGCAGUUCGCUGAUGAAUAUUCUAUUUCUUGUUACAUUUUUAUUUUAUUUUUUCUUUUUUUUCUUUGGACCCUGCUUUUCCAUUCAGGGGGUUGAAUGUGCUUGCGUGGAUGUGUGAUUGUGGCUGGCUGACAUCAGACGGACGACGGAGUUUGAAUCAGACAAGACUCUGACAUUAAUUUCCACGCAGAUCACCAUUCAUCAUCAAUCAAUAGCAUAAUCCAUUUCCGUUUUCAUAUGAAUAUAUUCCCAUCCCUCGUUACCCAAAGAAAAACAAAAACGGCCCAACACAACACAAACAGAAACCAACAAAAAUAUAAAUACAAAAAUAAUAAUCAAAAAACGAUCGACAAAGACCCCUACUCCUUUUAAUACCAUAAGGCUACCCAACCCACCCCAGUGGGACCAAUAGUAACUGCAUGGUUAU